CAAAGGCUGAUGUGCCACAUGAAGACAGCACAAGCAGAAGACCUGCAACAAAAAGACAAAAUGAUAGGAGGACACGAAAGAGGAAAAAUAAGCGUAGAAAAUACAAGAAGAAUCGAGGAAACGCAGAAAAAGUUAUUUUGGUCCCACCGUCUCCACCAUCUGUAUCAAGACUGUCAGAUACCUCAGUCAUGGUCAACUGGUCAGUGCCAGAAAAUGAUGGACUGCCAAUCACCUUCUUCAGGGUCCAGUACAAAGAGGUGAAACCAAACAAGGGACCUUGGCAAACUCUUGACCGUGAUAUUGAUGCCAAAGCACGACGUUACGAAGUUUCCAGGUUGAGAGCAGGCGGCACCUACAAAUUCCGUAUUGCAGCCGUUUACUCUAACAAUGACAACAAGAUUGGCCCAAACUCUAAACACUUUCAUCUUGCUCUUUUGACAAACCCUGAGCUUCAUCCUCCGAAAGUCAAACCCAAGGUUGUGGAGGCCAAGCCCAUUACAUACCAGAACAUAUAUGCCAUUGGGAUCAAGUGGCAGUAUCUGCCUGUGGAUCCAUCACCUAUUGAAGGGUUUCACAUUUUUUAUAAGCCUUUUGACUCGGCUGAAGACUUUGAAAACAUCACACUGAUCGGAGCAGGAAUCCGCAACCACUUGCUGACAGAUCUUAAACCUGACACUGAAUACACCAUUAAAAUGCAGUGCUUCAACACUGCUGGUGUCUCCGAUUUCAGCAAUACUGUGGUCAAGCGAACUCUGCCCACAGAAGGCCAGCCUCCAGAUAAUUUACCACCACCACCGAUUCCACCAGAGAAGCCAGCAGACGAGGGACCAGAAACAACAAGUCGCCGUGAGACAGUCAACAUGGACCACCCUGUCAUUCUGGGCAGCGUGCUGGGCUUCAUGCUUCUGCUGCUGGUGGUCUUCAUUGUCAUGUGCCUCUGGAAACAGCGGCAACAAAAGCGACGCAAUUUAACCAGUGAGUGCAGCAAGUUUCAAGACCAGGCUCAGAGAAUCUACACGGACAGUCUUCGUAAGAAGUAUCCUAAUGGUCAGUAUCCUCUUAAUGGCCUCAAUGGGUUGGUGCUGGCCAAUGGCCAUGGCCCUCACAGUCAUCACAAAAUGAACAUCGACAUCAACCCACUGUCAGAGAUGGAUUCACAUCCUUCACACAUGUCUAUCCCACACAGUGUACACUCCAGCAAAGCCUACCAUCAGGGAAAUGGCAUUCCCAAUGGCACAAUCCCAGGUUUUGGCCACAGUCAUAGCAGCGACAACAAUUUCAACAACAUCCGACAGACCGUGAGCGUGGACAAUGUGCAUGGCUACUCAGGAUUGGUACCAAAUGGUGUUGGUGUCCGAAGUUUGCCUAGGAAUGGCAACACUCCAGGCAGGCAUACCACAAGGAGACACCCAAUAAGCUAUCAAUCAAAACCUGUUUCUGCCUUCGGUUCCAACUCCUAUCCACGACCACGUGCCGGAUCUGGAUCGUGCUCGCCUUCAGACACUGAAUACUCGUUGGACGAGGAGGACCAGAUGAAAGCAGAUGACAUUGAAACCUACUUGUCAUCACAAGUGACUGGCCACUGCCAGGGACAGGGAUAUUCUGAGAAUGGCAAAGACAGUCUGAAGGGCUGUCCUUCCUGUGAACGGACGACAUGUGUUGGGUUUGAGGGUUUUGGGCCAGCUCAGUGUGAAAUAGUGUCCGAGUUCCCAAUAGAAGGAUCUGGCUUCCGUCACUGGGAGCCUCAGAUAUCUUCCUCACCUUCUUCGUCACACAGCAGCAAACACAAGAGGCGAAGGAGGCGACCGCAAAGUGGACGAGAACACAGCACAAAAGACCAGGCCACCAAUACAGACCUUAGUAGCAAUGAAGGCACCAUAGAGUUCACCAUGUUCAACAAGUCACCUUCAAGCUCUGUGUCCAAUUCUUCAGAUGACAAACCUAUGUCUUCCCAUGAUCUCAAUGUCUGGGCAUCGUGACUUUGCCUACGACUUCUCUUCAAACUGCUGUGCCAUUGUGAUACAUACAAUUAAGAAAAAGUUGUUGAUUAAAUGUUUGGAACUUCAAAGCCCUGAUAACGAGAUUUUUCUUCUUUUUUUUUUUAACAUUUGCUUUUCUGGUGUGUUUAUCCCCCAUGGCAAAACCUUUGAUGUGCAUCUGGACACUUCAGUGCCACAAGAAUACUGUGGUAAAAUGUGAUGAAGUGAGUCAAGCUCACUCCCUCUGCCCCUACUGCAAACUCUUUUAUACCUCACUUUGUGAUACGAUUGUUGGAGUCCACACAAAGGAGUAAAGACUGAAAAGCUGGUGCCAUUCUUCUGUAUCUGACAAGAUACUAUUUUCGGUACAUAAAUGCCAUCAUCUCUGGCAGAUUUUUUUUUUUUUUAAACCUGCUUUGAGGAACAGUAUGAUAAAAAGGGGAAAAGGCAGGUGAUCCAGACUCAUUUUUCCCUCUCCUCGCUGUGUUCUGCUAGGAUUCAGUACUUGACAUGGAGAUUGCACCAAUCAGGGAUUAACUCUUGCCUUCCCAGGACUGUGGAAUGUCAAACGGUGAACUUCUCAGGAAACGGGGAGUGUGGGACGAGUUCUUAUGCAUGCUGGGUCACAGCACAUUCUCAGGUGCGUUUUUCAUCUACCUCUUCAGCGUAAAGGCUUAAUUAGUCGUGGGUAUGUUAUUGUGUUCAUGUUGAAGGCAGAAAUAAAGGCAUGCCCUCUUGUGUUCUGAAGGGAACAUUUGUCGUGUAAAGGAUUGUGCUCAAGGAGCAUCACUGUAAGCAGAAGGAUUGCCGGACCAGCAGUGCUGUUUCCUGACAAGUGAAAGACUUUUUGGGUGAUAAAAGAUGCCUCUAGUGAUAUCCAAGAUGUUUACAAGAUAUGAAAGUUUGUGGUGUGAUCUCGAUGAUGGCCCCUUUAACCCUGCCCCAGCACUUUGGUGGAAAUCUUUAAUGGUAUGGAGUGUAUGAGAGUAGGAUGUUUCAUUGUUUUUUUCGUGGGAGUUUUCUCAUUCUGCUUGGAUAAUAGCAUUUUUGUUUUUUAAAAAAAGAGUUGAAUGUACAUGUGAAUGAGCUUGCAGGUACUAUAUAGGGUGAGUGGCUCUGUACGUGAGGGGAGGGGUUGUGGGUGGGAAAUAAGGAGGGGAAGUCAGAUGCAGUAUUACGAAUAAAAAUAAAAAAUUUCUUCUUGGAUUAUUUUCAACUUUUGCUUGAAUACCACUAAAAACUUGUUUUCAGAUAGCUAACUUCGAAAAAUGUCAUAACUACUAUUAAGAUUGAAGUUAGUCUAGUUAGAUUAUGCAUUUAAUCAUUUUGGUGAAAGAUCUUCAUUGCCACAGCCACACAAUACAAUUCUGCUGAGCUUAACACUAAACAAGUUGACACUGAAAAAACAUUUUAUAAUAUUUCUUGGUAAUUCUUUUUUGGACCAGUGUUGAGUUCGUGAAUCCAAGAUAGAAACUGUACUAUUGGGACUUAAAAUGCAGUUUCUUCAAUUGGCAGCUAUAUUGGAUGAAAAACAGUUUAGAGAUUUUGGAUAAAAUUUUGUUUAUUAUAUCUCCCUAUUAUCAGAAAACAGAUAUAGCAUUGUUGCAAAUGUUGAUAGGAAUGUACAAUAUAAAGUAAUAGCAGAGUUAAUAAAAAUACUAAUCGAUCCUUUCUGCCAGAGUAGAUGAAAUAGUUGCUGAUGAGAGUAAUGGGAGAUGUGAAAAUGCUAGCAGUGAGUUAAACUAGAAUGCAUGAUUUUAUUUUCUGUUGUGUAAAAGUUCUUGUUUUGAUGAUUAUUUGAGAGACCAGUAUAAAUGAUGGCUGCAUCCGAAAGUAUGGAUCUGAGAUAUCUUCUAUUGCAUCAUUGGUUGCUUAAAGAUUAAAGACACCUUCAAUGUUUGUUGUUGUUUUUUUGUGACGUCCUCCCUGGGGUCUUUUUGGAAGAAGGGGAGGGGCAGGAAAGGGAAGAAAAGAACUUGUAAAACGAGAAUUUGCCUACACUUUGUGCAUUAACUUAUGACAUUGGUUUUGUAUGUAUAUAAGAUUUGCUCAGAACAGUAUUAUGUGUAAUAUGUGUUGUUGAUGAAACAGGUGCAAGUUUUUUUUUUAAUUCUUCUCUCUCUGUUAUGCAGUAUGCUUAGUCUUCAGUACACUGUUGUAUCCUAAGACAUUUAUCGAUCAAAAUUGUGAUCAUAUGAAAGGUAUAACAAGCAGCAAAGUUAUUCUUAAGUACAGCACGUUUUAGGGCAAGGCAGACAAAGACGCUUGUUUGCUGGAAGUUUAUUAAGCAUGAGGGUCUUGGAAAUUUAUUUCCAAAUGCUGUAUGUGUGCAUGUUCCUUGUAAGCAUGCCUGCUCAUGACAUUCUUGCAGCCUGGAACAAAUCAGAUGCCAUAAAGGGUUAAUUUAAAAAAAUGCAUGCUCCGUUGUCUGUGAAAUGCCUAUUAGCAAUUGAUAGCGCAAACCUGUGCAAAUCUGCUCUUACCUUUUAUAUGUGAUUCCAUGUUUGGUAUUAACUUCUUUUUUUUAAAAAAAUAAAGGGAAAUACUCACAGUGCUGGCAAAAUCAUUUGCCAUGUAUAAUUCAUGUCCAGGUGUUCAUAUAAACAUGGCCAUAACAUGCUCUCCUUAUCGUCUGUGUAACCCUUGUCCAUUUUUUUUUUAAAUGUUGAAGAAUCUUUGGUAAGUGGCAUCCACUGGACUCUCAGUUGUCGUCAUUAUUGUUAACACAUUCUACUCAUGGGUUAACUUUACAUCUGCCUAGUUUUGUUACUCCAGUUCUGUUAAUUGGGAUAUCAGGAUGGUACAUGGAUUUCGGGCUGUAGUUUUACCUGUACAAGAUACACACUCCACCCCAUACCUCCUUAAUGUAAAACUCUUGCCCUAUCUUAGGUUCAUGUUGUUACAUUGUUAAAAGAUAUACAUAAAGAGAAAUCAUAUAUUUAUACAAACACCUGUUUGAGUUUCUUUGGAUAUAGAAUGCAGUUGACCUGUUUUGCUAUUUGUAUAAUUAUUUCCUUCCCCUUUUACAUUUGCACUUGCUGUACUCAGGAAUAUUCUAGGUAUGCAGGAACAAUAUUCUAAGUUGUCACUAAAGACAUUGCAUUUUAAAGAGGGAAGACCAAGCUGUUUGAUAACUGAUAUAAAGCUGGAGAAGCAGGACCACCAGCAAUGGUUUCAUUUUAAAGGAUUUAAAUCUUUAAUGGAAAUGAGCAUCUUUUGUUACUUCUUUCAAAUGUCUACAACAGUUUGUUACAACUAUCAUGGCAUAGACAUGGUACAUCAUUUAUGAAACAAGUUUUUCAUAUUUAAGGUGGGUGACACAAAGAUGCUCUCAUAUAAUUGUAAAGAAGAAAAUGUGCAUUAAAUUUGUUUCUUACAUAGUCAUAGUUACUUGCAGCAGUGUCAUCAAGCACAGUGUAUUUCUGUUACAGUGGGAAGAGAUUGUUUUUCUGUUCAUGUCUCAGUGUCUGUUUUAUUGAACUAUUGUUUCAAAAUUGUUUAUUAAAUGUUUUCUUAUGAAAUCAUUCAACUGUUGUUUUGAAGCAACUCAAAAUAUCACAUCCACGGUACUGUUAUUGGAGAUUGUUUUACUGCUGGGUUUAAAAUAGGUGUAGCAAGUGCAAUAUAUCCACAUUCUUUUCUCUCUUAAAUCAUUGACAAGACAUACCCAAGUGAAAAAUGCUUUUUGGAGAACAAAGCAAGGACAUUGCAGUGGCUUAAGGCUAGUUUAAGAUCAGGAAAUGGACAUGAAGUAAAAUUAAGAUAAUAUGAAACUCUGAGAUGAGUAUUUGUCAUUACACAUUGACAAUAUUAAGGGUUGGAUUUUGUGAAGUGCAGAUUUUAUGAGAACUAUCAGACUUAACAAAAGACAACCAUGUUAAAACGUUUAGUGAAUAUUGUGAAGAAUAUAAUUUUUGAUUUUUUUUUUAAACGUACAUUAAAAAUCAGUUUUGCAUUUUUGAGUAUCUGACCUAUGUUCAUAUUUCCUAAGUCCCCAUUCCCUCAAACACAGUUACGAAUGUGUUUGUAAAUAUCGUAUGAUUUAUUACUUAUUAAAAUUUAAAAAAAAAACGUUACUUGUAAUGCACAAUUGGUAGGUCUGGGGAAUAAAACUAAAAAGUUAUCCAAGCCGAUCAUGUCUGAACCACAUUCGUCUUUUCAGACCAAACAUAAUGUAUCUUUGGAAUGAGGGUAAAAGGUUUUAAGUUAUUGGUUUCUUUUGUUCUGAAGAAAUUUUAUGCAUUUUUUUCUUGUGAUGUUUUUGUCUGUCUACCCAGGGUUGCUUGUGACUUUUUGAGUUGGUUUACUCAAAAAAAUGUUUGAAUAUUGCCCCAUAAUAUGUAAAUACUGCAAUGAUGUAUUAUAAAUGAAUAAACAUAAUGAACAGUCA